AUGUGGAAUAUACAUCAACUACGCACUUACAAUACACAACACCACGUCCUCUACAUCACCAGCCUCUCCACUAUACCCCUCCGCCCCCCCUGGAGCCGCCACGCGUCCGUAGAGGAAGAGGACCAGGCACGUGGAGGAACAUCGCAUCUCCGGCGAGCUCGUAAGACUACUACUCGUGCACAACAAGGGCAGAGUGUUGUAGGUGGACAGGAGCCAACUCAAUCGAUGCAGAUUGCGACACAGGCCAGCCAAAUUACUAUGACAGGCAUCUCUACAGGCACACCGGCGGUCGAGCGGGCCAUUGUAGUGUGCAACAAUCCUAUACAGUUGACAAAUACAGCACCGGACCUCUCCGCUGGACAAGCAGGCACACUCACAGCGACUCAGGGCUCUAUUUCCUUAGUCCCUGACAGUCAACCAGGCCUUGAGGAUGGUCCUCUGUCUACUCCUGAGGAGGAGGCUCUUCGUAGUGAAGGAAAGUGGGGUGGAAGACCUUGGUAUAAUGGUGUAACUAUACGGUGUUCCUUUUAAUCAGCAAUUGAGAGGAGGCCAUCUAGGAGCCUUCCGCUUCUAGACUAGCUAGAGUAGACAGAGUGAAU